AUGACUUCGUCUUUCAAGCAAGUUGUUGCAUCUCUCAGCCCCAAUCUCUCGCCGCGCACUUUGCUCGAGCUGGAUUCGGUUAAAAGGUGCCGCUCGGCGGAUUCGACGCCGCACAAGAACCCCUUUGAGGGGAUCCCGGCUGUAGCACGCAAAGACCAAAUCAGGGUAUACCAUGACCCAAAUGUCAUGAUAAACUUCUAUGGGGCUCAUCUCGAGCCUCGAAGACCGCCCACUCCCAAGUCUGCACCAGCGCCUCGUUCAUAUCGCGCAAGACCAAAGAAGAAAAACAAGCUCUCCAAGGAAGAUUGCGAUAUACUAUUCUAG